CGGGGGCGGGCGGGGGCCGGGACCGGUGGCUGCGGCGGGAGGUGCCGCGGCGGGGCGGGGGUGGGGGGGGAACCGGGCAGCGACCGAGCGCCGCCGGGCUGCGGCGUCACUGCGGGCCUGCGCCGGCCCCGCACCGGGGCUUCACCGGCACCGGGCUUCCACCGAGCACCGGGGCUUCACCGGGACCGGGCUUCCACCGAGCACCGCGGCCCCGGGAGCGGCCCCGGGCUCCCACCGAGCACCGCGGCCCCGGCCCCGGCCCCGCGGUACCGGGACCGCUCUGCCGCACCGGGCCCGUUGCCGCACCGCAGCCGCCGCCGCUCCCCCCCCCCCCCCCCAGCCCGGCCCCACCCGCGCCCGGGACAGCGCUGAGCGGGGGCACCGGGCUCGGCCCCGCGCCGCCCCCCCCCCGGGCCGCCCCCGGGAUGGGGCCCGGUGGCACCGGCAGCGGUUGGCCCCUGGCCGGGACCGUGCUGGUGGCCGUAGCCGCCUCGCUGGCGGCGGGGGGCGAGGACUGCCUGUGGUACGUGGACAGGAACGGCUCCUGGCACCCCGGCUUCGACUGCGACUUCUUCACCUUCUGCUGCGGCACGUGCCACCAGCGGUACUGCUGCCGUGACCCCCUGCGCCUGCUCACUGAGCGCCAGCAGCGUCACUGCCUCGCCUUCAGCCCCAAGACCAUCGCGGGCAUCGCCUCGGCUGUGGUGCUCUUCAUCGCCAUCGUCACCACCAUCGUCUGCUGCUUCAUGUGCUCCUGCUGCUACUUGUACCAGCGCCGGCAGCACCUCCGCACCCCCCUGCAAGGCGCGGAGAUCCCGCUGUCCAGCUACCCCCCCGCAGCCCCCCCAGCCCCCUUCCCCAUGGACCCCAAAGCCGGCCCCGUGCCCCCCCAACCCGGCUUCACCCCCAUGGCCGUGUACCCGCCGGCUGGCCCUGCUGCCCAGUACCCGCUGUACCCCUCCGGCCCGCCCGUCUACAACCCCACAGCACCUCCGCCCUAUGUCGCGGUACAGCCCAGCUACCCCGGAGCCUGAGCACCCACAGGGACCCUGGCACCCUCCUCCCGCCGCCGGCCAGUGGGGCCGGGCUGGGGACCCUUGUCCCCCCACGCUGGGGCCGGGAGGGUGCCACGGCUGUGGCAGGAUC